ACCACUGUUUUCAAGUAGUCCUCUGCCCUAGUAAAGAUGAUACGCUCUUCUUCACAUCCAACAUCCUCAUAAAGUUAAAAAGGUACCCAAAACCAAAAAGUAUACUUCAAGAAUCAAAAACCAUUUGCUUUACCAAAAACACACACACCCAUCUCAAAUUUCCACAUUAACCCAUGCUCUAAUCCACCCAAAAACACAAAUCAAAAUACCAAACAUAAAAAAAAAAGAAAAAAAAAAUGUAUUCUCAACAACCCAUAACAGUAAAACCCUUAUCCCCUGUCACAUUGUUGUUGCUAUUUUUGGUCAUAGUCCCACUUACUAAAUCUGAUAACACAAACUUAGUAUACAAAGGGUGUGCAAAACAAUCAUUUCAAGAUCCAAAUGGGGUUUACUCAUCUGCACUUUCAGCCAUUUUUGGAACCCUGAUUCAACAAUCUUCAAAAGCAAAGUUUUUCAAGACCACAAGUGGAAGUGGGCAAGCUUCAAUUUCAGGUCUUUUUCAAUGUAGAGGAGAUCUAAGCAAUCUUGAUUGUUACACAUGUGUAAGUAGACUCCCAAUCUUGAUGGACAAACUUUGUGGCAAAACAGUAGCUGCAAGACUUCAACUUUUAGGAUGUUAUAUGCUUUAUGAAGUCAAUGGUUUUGCUCAGAUUUCAGGUAUGGAAAUGUUGUAUAAAACUUGUGGGUCAACAAAUAAUGGUGGGGUUGGUUUUGAAGAAAAAAGGGAUUCUGCAUUAGCUGCUUUAGAAAGUGGUAUUGGAAAUGGAAAUGGUGGGUUUUAUACAACAAGUUAUGAAUCAAUGUAUGUUUUGGGACAAUGUCAAGGGGAUUUAGGGAGUUCUGAUUGUGGGGAAUGUGUGAAAAAUGCUGUUCAAAGAGCACAAGUUGAAUGUGGGAGUUCAAUUUCUGGACAGAUAUAUUUGCAUAGAUGUUUUAUUAGUUAUAGUUAUUAUCCUAAUGGAAUUCCACCCAAGAAAUCUUCUUCAUCAAAUACAUAUCCUUCUUCUUCUACAUCGUCUUCGGGGUCUUCUUCUUCUUCGUAUUCUUCGCCUUCUUAUUCGUCAUCAUCAGGAGGGAAUGAGGCAAAUACUGGAAAAACAGUUGCAAUUAUCUUAGGAGGGGCAGCAGGAGUUGGGUUCAUAGUCAUAUGUGCAAUGUUUGCUAAAAAUUUAGCCAAGAAACAUGAUGAUUAUUGAAAGAUGGAGGAGAUGGGAGUUCUUUAAAAAGAACCAAAGAUCCAAUUUUUGAGGUGGCUUCUUUCAUUGGUCUCUUUCUAUUUCAUUAAGGCAAAUGGAGGUACAAUUUUUUAGUAUGGUUUUAGAAAAGGGGAUUAAAUGUUAGUGUUGAUGGGGAAGGAAUGUUUGUCAAUGGUGAAAAAGAUGAAGGAAAGAUGUAACUUUUUUAUAUAUUUUUUUAGUUUUAUUUUAAUGUUGUAAAACAUUGGCUCUUCAUGGCUCAAAGCCAAUGCCAUGUGCUUGUUUAUCCUUUCAA